AUGCCCUCCGUCAGAGACAUCGCCCAACCUGAUGUCUCUUCCCCGUUCUCAACAAAUCCGGUGAUCGAAAAGGCGCAGUCGCAAUGGCUGUUCACUCCCGAAGAACUCCUCCUGGCUCCUAGCCUCGUCGAAGGAAUGCCGGUUGCCCAAGAACUGGCCAAUCGUCAGAAAGGUGUCAAUUUCAUUACUCAGGUGGGAAUCAUGUUGAAGCUGCCACAGCUAACAUUGUCGACGGCCGCUGUCUACUUCCACCGAUUCUUCAUGCGCCAUGCGAUGGUCCAGAGCAAUAAACCAGGGCUACACCACUACUCGGUGGCCGCGACUUCCUUGUUCCUGGCAACCAAGGUCGAAGAGAACUACCGAAAAAUGAGAGAGCUGGUGGUCGCAUGUUGUCGAGUGGCUCAAAAACAACCCAAUCUGGUGGUGGACGAACAGAGCAAAGAGUAUUGGAAAUGGCGAGACACAAUCCUGCACAACGAAGAUCUCCUGCUCGAAGCCUUGUGUUUCGACCUGCAACUGGAACAGCCCUACCGCCUCCUCUACGACUUUCUUCGCUUUUACGGCGUCCAGGAGAACAAGCCGCUGCGGAACGCGUCCUGGGCCUUCCUCAAUGACUCACUGGUUACGACCAUGUGUCUUCAGCUGACUGCUGGCUCGAUCGCAGGGGCUGCCUUGUAUAUGGGCGUCAAACUUGCCGGGGUGAGUCUGCCCGACGAUGCACGAGGAAGGCCGUGGUGGGAGCAACUGAAACUUGAUAUACACGACAUUCAGAAGGGCUGCAACUUGAUGGCGGAGGUCUACGAGAAUCCUACGUUGCCGCGACAAGGCCAAAAGGACGCUUACACUAAAGAGGAGGAUCUCGCCAUGUUCGAUCGAACGCGGCUGGCCACUACACCACAGUAUAACCGCUCGCCGACUGGAAGUGCGAGGAGUGGCAGUGCUGGCGUCAAACGAGACAGAGAUGCGACUGAAGAACAAUCCAGUGAAUGGGGCUCCGGUGUCCCGGCACAACCUGCAGAGGAGGCUCAGUCGCAGCGAUCACCCAAGCGACCUCGAUUAGACACAGGAGACAACAAUGCCAGUCUCCCCAGACAUACCUCUCAACCGAAUCCCGCUCCAUCCGUGCGGGAGGGUGGUGGCUACAAUGGCUCAGGAGACUCUGUCGACGAAGUGCAAAAGCGGAUCGAUGAGAUUGUCAACACUUCAUCCGCCGGACUGCCGCGACCACCUCCGACUCGUGAAUCGUCUAGGAGACAAGAGUUUCAGGGCGACAGAUCAAGAAGACAGUCUUCGUCAGGAUCGAACUGGAAUGGCGCUCGGGAUAGAGCCCCAUCGCACAGCCGGUCAGAAAGUCAAAACCAUGCGUCGAUUGAACAACACAAUGGCCACGAAUCUUCCAGCGUAACUGACCGAGCACCACCCGCUCCGGUAGAUGAUAGACCGCCGCCGCCGCCACCACCACCGACGCACCCUGAGCAAACCCAGCAUGGCACGAAUGAUGAGAUCGACGACGCUGAAAAGGUUGACUACGGCAGCGAAGAGGGCGAGUUGUAA